AAUUCGACGAUAAGACCAGGAAGUUAAUAAGUUAAAAGGGAUAUGUCAUGACGGUGUCCUAAUGGACCGGUCAACAAUAUAAGGGCGGUAGAUAAGAGAAAGUAGCCAGUCUUCAGUCGGCAUUCGCAAUGAACGUGGUACAGAUUAUCCUGAUCUUAGGAAUUCUUUGCGCAGCUACAUUAGCUGCUCCUCAAAGAGACAUAUCUCGAGACUCCGAGACCGUCAAAGCUGCCCUGGAACUGACCCCGGUCGUGUUGGAAACGUUUUCCAGGAUUACUAACCAGGAAAAUUCCCGAGGCUCUUCGGUCACGAUGUCUCCCGAAGAGAGCGAACGCAAUAUCCUCAGACUCUUGGAGGCUUCCGUGACCACAGUGGAAGAGUCGAAAAAGAGAGGCUUCGACGUCCCAGACUCCGCGAAGGAAGACCUGGAAUCCGCCAAGUCCCUUAUUCCUGCUACUUUCAAAUUCUUCUCGGACCUCAGGAGAAUCAGCGGUUCUUAGAUUUCUGCGGCUAUUAGUUCUUGGCGAUUAAAUUUCCGACAAAAUCAUCGUGACUUUCCGAAGUGCAAGUUUUAACCUUUCGUUUCAGUGAUCGGUCUAUAAUAAAUUUGUAUAUAUUUAGUUUG